AUGAUAGCUCCAGAGCAGAUACACAGUGAGAUUAGGGGUUUGAAUGAGUUUAAGGUGGGCUGGGAUCCUGACUCAUGCACGGGGGGCUAUUUCUGGAAGGAUGAAGGUCGUACAGGAGAGGGGAGAGGCAUGGCGAGGGGGAGAGAGACAGUGAUUCACACCUGCACCAUCAGAGGGUGGGCCGGUUCGAGAAUAUUCUCCUAUCUAGAUGUGGUUACACUCUGUAGGUGUGCCCAAGUGUCCAAGGCGUGGAAUGUCCUGGCCCUAGAUGGCAGUAACUGGCAGAAGAUUGACUUGUUCAACUUCCAGACAGACAUAGAGGGCCGGGUGGUGGAGAACAUUUCCAAGCGUUGUGGAGGCUUCCUGAGGCAGCUGAGCCUCAGGGGCUGCCUGAGCGUGGGGGAUGCCUCCAUGAAGACAUUUGCUCAGAACUGCAGAAACAUCGAAGUGUUGAACCUGAACGGCUGCACCAAGAUCACAGACAGCACCUGUCUCAGCCUGAGCAAGUUUUGCUCCAAACUCAAACAGCUAGAUCUCACCUCCUGUGUGUCCAUCAGCAACCACUCCCUCAAGGCCCUCAGUGAUGGCUGCAGAAUGCUGGAGAUGUUGAACCUGUCAUGGUGUGACCAGAUCACACGUGAUGGCAUUGAGGCUCUGGCUAGAGGCUGCAAUGGUAUACGAGCGCUGUUCCUCAGAGGUUGCACACAGCUGGACGAUGGUGCAUUGAAACACCUUCAGAAACACUGCCCAGAACUCACCACCAUCAAUAUGCAGUCUUGCACACAAAUAACAGAUGAAGGCCUGGUCAGUCUGUGCCGAGGAUGCCACAAGCUACAGAUCCUUUGUGUGUCUGGCUGCAGUAACAUCACUGAUGCCUCCCUCACUGCAAUGGGACUGAACUGUCCCCGACUCAAGAUCCUUGAAGCUGCACGAUGCUCCCAUGUCACGGACGCUGGUUUCACUGUACUGGCGAGGAAUUGUCAUGAGCUUGAAAAAAUGGACUUAGAAGAAUGUAUUUUGGUGACAGAUAACACCCUGGUUCAGCUGUCCAUCCACUGCCCUCGCCUGCAAGCACUGUCCCUGUCCCACUGCGAGCUGAUCACAGAUGAUGGCAUCAGAGCUCUGAGCAGCAGUACCUGUGGCCAAGAGCGCCUCACUGUGGUGGAGCUUGACAACUGCCCCCUCAUCACUGACGUGACCCUGGAGCACCUCAAGAGCUGCCAUCGUCUGGAGCGCAUUGAGCUCUAUGACUGCCAGCAAGUCACCAGAGCUGGCAUCAAACGCAUCCGGGCCCACCUUCCAGAGAUCAAAGUCCACGCCUACUUUGCCCCAGUGACACCCCCUCCCUCUGUACAUGGAGGUGGCCAGCGUCUGUGCCGCUGCUGCAUCAUCCUCUGACAGUGGAGGGCCAGGGGGGGCCACCUCUGUCUACAGGUCCUGCUGCUCUGACAUGGGCUGAAAAUGGGUCGGGGGGGGUGGGGACUAGGGUAGGUGUAGGGGAGAGGAGGGGCUGGACCCACUCACUGCUCCUGAUCACUGAUCAAUACAUAGACUGAUCACCACUGAUCCCUGAUCAGUUGAACCCUGCCCCUCCUCUCCUCUUACUCACCAGUCAGCAGUGCAGAAGCCCCGGGUUUGGGGCGUGGAGGGGUGGGUGGAAAGAACAUGGAUGGAUGGACUUUUUCUCUCUCUGUCUCAUUCUCUUUGUCACUGUAAAGACAAAAACAGGUUCUCCACUCCUCUCUGCUCCUCGCACCCCUGACUCUCCACCUGUGGGCGUAGAGGACUGCAUCUGCACAGCUGGAGAUGAGGGAGGGAGUCUGAACAGUGGAACAACAAUGCAUCAUGUUCAAACAAAAAAAAAAAAGGAAAGAUGAUAUUGUCAGAUUGGACAACAGUUCGCUCUCUGUGGAGUAGUGGAGUAUCAUCUCAACCAAUCACAUGACACCUCUAUGUGACCAUCCUGUGAUUCAUUCUGCUUUGACCAAUAAACACGCAGCAUGGAGGGCGAGGAGAGGAGGAAAUGCAGAUCUUCUGGAUAUAAACAGUGACGCUUUGGCACAGCCAGCUCAACUCUCUAGUGUGGAAGAGUUGAGAUGAAAAAACAGGAAGUACAGAAUGGGACAUGUGACAUAUUUGUGCAUCUGAGAAACUUUUGUUGAGAUUUUGAUUCUGUUCGUACAGAGAAUGUUUUGCAAAAGGAAAAAAAAGAAUUACACAAAUCGCAAAUCACUCAAACUUCGGGUAGGCCAACAAAAAAUGGUUUUAUUUUCUUCUUUUUUUUCCCAGUGCUUAUUGUAAUUGUCUAUGCCUGUCUAUCCAGAGAGGGAGAUAUGUUUGUCAUUCUUUUUUAAACAGAAAAGAAAAAAACUGUUACUGCUUGACAAAAAAAAAGGACCUAUGAUUCAGACCCGCAGUGUCUAAAAGCGUGUUGACUCUGUAUGCUGAUAGGAUGAGUGGCCUCUCCUGUGCACUACGUGGUUAUGUUGGCUCGUAGGCCCUGAUCCAAUCCUGUCAGUAGCCCUGUGCACUAGCUCCUACUUGACCACUUAAGAAUUUGUUUACAUUCAGGAUUAGGUUAGCACCACAGACAAACUUGUUUACAUUAGUAGGUUUCCAGUCUCCCUACAAUUCAGAGUGAGUUUAGUAACACUGAAAUAACUGUGGUACACCCACUGUUUUUACAGGACUGUGGAGUUCAUUAUUCAAAUGUAUUGCUGUGUGUAUUUGGAUAUCAAUCAGGGCUAACGUUGGUGCAACUUUGCUUCAAAAUGAAAUGAAAAUUUGCUUAAAGCUGAAAUGACAGGUAUAAGAAAGUGAGCAAAGGCACCUCAACUUUUUGACAAUCACGUGAAUUUAUGUAUUUGAAAGUUAAUUUAGUGUAAUUUUGUGUAAUUGGCAUUUACUGAUGAUGUAAGAUAUAAUGAAUUAUCUGUAGACAAUAUACACCCACUUAAUGGCCCGAGCAGCAAAGCGAAUUAUUUAGAAUUAGUAUUUGACACAAGUCUAGUGUGAUCUGUCAGUCUAAAAUGUUUAAUUGACCAGCAACAAAUUACCACUAUCCUACAAAACAUAUGCGGCAACAGGAAUGGCAUAUGCCGUGACUGCAAAGCCCCAGAACCACCAAUGUAUUUCACUCUAUACAGACACUCCUUGAGACCAACAGGAUCUCAACAUUAUCUGUCUUGCCAUGCAGAACGACACAUGUAUGGGACAUGACAUACUGAAAGCACUGAAAAUACAACAAAACACAAGCAGUUUGCAAUAUUGCUCUAAACAAGAGACUGGGAAGUGCUGUGUAGUGCCAAGUGCUCAAAGACUGGGGAGAUUGGCAGGACGAUGGAUAGGACUGAAACAAGGAAAGCAGACAGACAGAAUGAAGAAAGACUCAGAUGAACUCGGAGACAUAGCUGACUUGACUGGCUGUGAUACUAAUGCCCUCUCUUUGACAGCUGUUUUAACAGUUUUAUGUUUAAGAAAAUAAAGAAAUAAAUGAAAAAAAUAAACAAAUGAAUAAAUAAAAGUGACUAAUAGUAAAUGUG